AUGCUCAUACAUAAUAGGUAUAACGAGAUUGAAGAGUUACCCAAUAAGCUCGCCUCUUUACCUCACCUUUCAACAUUGAAUAUCUCCCACAAUAAACUAACUCAGAUACCAUUAAUAAUUCAAGCUGAAUCAAUGUCAAGGGCACGAAGUGAAAGCUUCUUCAGUGCUACAGUCGAGCGAGCCAAAGUCACUCUACCGUCUCUUCGAGUCCUUCAAGCGUCGCACAAUCAAUUACGGUCCGAUACGUUCCCACCUCAGCAUUUACCAAAAGAACUCUUAGAACUGGAUAUAUCAAAUAACCCUUUGGGGCCUGCAAAGCCUCUUUUGACAGCUCUAGAAGGAUUAGAGCGUCUGAAGAUCCUUCGAAUGGCCUCUUGUGAUCUCAUAGACGAUGGAUUUCCGACAAAAAUGGGUAAAUUUCCUGCGCUUCAAUUGCUGGAUUUAGGUGACAAUGAAAAGUUAUCGGAGGACAAAGUCGCCGACGCAAUGGGCGACAGAGAAUUUGAGAUUGGUCCUACCAACACAAACUCUACAGUGAAGCUCCACGUCAUCGCCGGUAAACCAGGCCCAGUCAAAGAAGCAUGGGAGAUUGAAGCAGAAAAUCGUGCACGAACUCGCAAAGUUUCGUCGAAACUUGGGGCCGCUGCAACUACAACCCCCGCUUCGCCGCGUACAAACACAGGCAGGGGGUCGGUAGUGUCCCCUACUCCUGCGAGGGUAGAAGAGCCACAAAAAGAGCAAUGGGAGAUUGAAGCGGAGCAGGGCCUCCUUACAGAAGCUGGCCGUAGACGGGCUCGUGCAGCAGCAGCAACCUCUAGCUCUGCCACUACGACCCAAGCCAGUACAUCGAAACCUUCUCUGGCAACAGAAAUGUCAAAUAUGUCUAUUUCAGCGACCCCGGGGGUUCCAUCAUUGGUCCAGUUUUACGAUGGCCCACAUGCUACACUUACCCUUCCCCAGUCACAGCCCCAGUCGCGCACUCACAACC